UCUCGUCCCGAACGGACGCACCAGAGGAAACGGAGAGUAGCUCAAGAAGAGUGUACCAGAGCGCGCACGCCCAAGGAAAACGCGAGGGAAAGCAUAUUUUCCGCCAAAAACUCAAAAGACACACCGAAAAAAAAACACCCUCUCGCACCCACACAUAACAACUACGCAGUUUUUAACGCUGGUAGUGUGUAGUGUUUGUCGUUUUCGUCGUUUUGGUGUUUCAAGUUUUCACCGUUCAGUGACGGUUUUUCUCGUAAAAACUCAGAGACUUUUCCUAGUGUGUGGAGCAAUAGUAACUAGUAUUUGUGUGGUGGUGUGUGAUGCGUGACACGACCAACACGAGCGGCACCAUAUAGUGAAUUUCAUCGAAAAUAAAACGGAAAUAGCUCGCGGCGAGUCCGUCCUCGGGGUACGGUCCUAUAGUGGCGGAAACGAUCGUGCUUUCAAAGGCCGAUUCAAAGAGAUAGCGAAAUAGGGGAAGCGGAACCGGUGAAAGGAUCGCGAGAGGCGAGAGAUCUUUGGCAAAGCUUUUAAUAGUAAACCCGAGCUAGCCGAGCUCGCGACCAACUGGCGUCUACGACCAGUGGCAUCAGUGCUUAGUGGACAGUCGGACUGAAAGCGUCUACUAGUAGUAGAAGCAGAGAGAAGCAACAGAUUAAUAUCAGAUUAAUACUAGUGAGGUGCGAUCACGAUCACUAACGCGAUGGAUAACUACAAGAAGAAAACACCCGGCCGGGUGCACCAGCAUCUGGAGUAUACCCAAAUUCGGCCCCAGCUUACCGGGAGCACCAAGUCGAUCCAGACCAACCAUUACAUCUUUGGCCGCAUGAAGUCCGAACUGAACGAUGUGCCGGUGCAGACGGCCGCCGGCUCUACGCUGCCGCUCGUCGACAUGCCCAAAGAUGACGAGGAGGCCGGAGCAUACAAUCCGUUCGAGAACCGGAAGCUAACGCACCCGACCACCGACACCGAGACCUUGGUUCACCUGCUGAAAGGUUCGCUUGGUUCGGGCAUUCUUGCGAUGCCGCUGGCGUUUGUCAAUGCUGGGCUGUGGUUCGGUUUGGUGGCCACGCUGGCCAUCGGUGCCAUCUGUACCUACUGUGUACACAUUCUGGUACGCUGUUCUCACAUUCUGUGCCGUCGGGCUCAAUUGCCGUCCCUUGGAUUCGCCGAUGUAGCCGAAACGGCUUUCCUGGCGGGACCGGAUUCGCUGAAGAAGUAUUCCCGGCUGGCUCGCUUCAUUAUCAACCUGUUUCUGGUGAUUGAUCUGAUCGGUUGCUGCUGUAUUUACAUCGUGUUUGUGGCCACCAACAUCAAGCAGGUGGUCGACCAUUACACCCACUCGUACUGGGAUGUGCGGAUCUACAUCUUGCUACUGCUUGGACCCCUGAUCCUGAUCAAUCUCAUCCGCAAGCUGAAGUAUUUGACUCCGUUCUCCAUGAUCGCGAACGUGCUCAUCGCUACCGGAGUGGGCAUUACGUUGUACUACAUCCUCACCGAUUUGCCAGCACUGUCGGAGCGUAAGGCCAUCGCCGAGGUCCAGCAUCUUCCGAUGUUCUUCGGUACCGUAAUCUUCGCCCUGGAGGGUAUCGGUGUAGUGAUGUCGCUGGAGAACAACAUGAAGAACCCACAGAACUUUAUCGGAUGCCCCGGUGUGCUGAACACCGGUAUGUCGGUCGUGGUGAUCAUGUACUCGGUCGUUGGUUUCCUUGGCUAUCUGAAGUAUGGCGAAGACACGAAGGGUAGUAUUACGCUGAAUCUCCCGGUUGAAGAUGUAUUGGCCCAGAUGGUAAAGCUGAUGAUCGCGCUCGCCAUCUUCCUCACCUAUAGUCUGCAGUUCUACGUACCGAUGGAAAUCAUUUGGAAGAACGUUAAGGGUAACUUCAACGAACAUCAGAAUGCGGCCGAAUAUGCGUUGCGGAUCGGACUUGUGAUCCUCACCGUUGUGAUCGCGGCUGCUCUGCCGAAUCUUGGCCCCUUCAUUACGCUCAUCGGUGCCGUCUGCCUGAGCACGCUCGGUAUGAUGUUCCCGGCCAUCAUCGAGCUGGUGACGUUCUACGAAAAGCCCGGUUUCGGACGGUUCAACUGGCGGCUGUGGAAAAACAUUUUCCUCAUCCUGUUCGGUGUGGUGGGCUUCGUGACCGGCACCUAUGUCAGUAUUGUCGAGUUCUCGGAGCACCUUCAGGAGGAAUAAACGCAUCGCACCACAUGCCGAUGUUCGCACCUUACGUUCCGGAGAAUGUAAGGUAGAGUGUGAAUCGUGUGCGAUCACACGUUUGCAUCCAGUGUAUCAUCACAAGAGUUCCUCCGGAUAUGCUGGCCCAGACUGUGGGCGGUAUAACUGAUGGUCGAUCCACUAACCGGGACGGAAUGUGUUGUACUUCCGCUCCGGUUGGCAUGUGUUCGCGAUCGCGAUCGCAGGAGUCUCUUCGCGUUGAUGGUCAUGUUGAGUGCGAUUAGAAGUCACCGCUAGUGGCUGCCCGUUUCUUAUCGUUUAUCUUUUCCCCGUUUGUACACCCCGUUCCAAUGUCCAGUUCCUUUGACACCAGUGUCAAUGCCCUCUAUAGUCCAUGGCUCGUGUCUAUUUUUCUGUUUGUUAUCGUUAAGCAUGAAAUCCCUAACCUUUGGCUCGAAUCUGAUUUGAGCUACAUAUCUGCGAUAUUUAAGGAACACUAAAGAACAAAAAACACGACAAACUCUUGUCUUUGGCUCGCACUCGAAUUGCUUUCAUUUACGCGACGGCACCAAAUUCAGACCUAGUGGUCUCGAGUGAGACCGAAGUAAAUGAUCAGACUAUACCAAACGUCACGAACGAUCCUUAACAGAUCAAUUAGACCAGACUCUUAACGUUAGUGAACUAGAAACGAUAAUACCAUUCGAAGGAAAAGGAUUCAUCCGAUGGGGCAUUGAGAAAGAAGAUGCCGCUUCGCGUUUGUGGUCCUGCUCCGGAGAGGAAAAGUAGUCAUGUGCCUAGUGCCUAGCCACGCUAGAUUGUGAUGCUGAGCUUUCUUCUAUUGUUUAAGUGUGUAUGUUCUGUUCUCCUGGAAAGGGGAGUGACGCAGAGCGAAAAGAAUAUUUAUCGACUUUACUUUCUGUACCACUCCCUAAGGGCGUACCGUACAUGGAAGAUAGUUCCUGGUUGAUCUGCCAUUAGUAGCAUCGUAGUGUAGUGCAAGCGCAGGAAGAGUCAGGGACUGCGGUUCUAUUUCUUUCGAGAAUAGGUGGCUAGAAGCUGUCGGUAGCUGACGGAGAGUGUCUAAUGGAAGGACUCCGUAAGGGUAAUCUAAAGUGAAGUUGGUAAAAAGACAUGUGGAAGUGAGUUCAUGUACAGGCUAACCGAAUUGAAAGUGAAUCAAAUUUUAACGUCUUUAGAAUAGAUUGGGCAGAGGUGAAUGAUACCGCUGCUUCAAUAUGUAUUAUCCCCUUUUGCCACAGAGUCUUUUAUAUUUCUUCCGACUACAAAUGGAUUUGAGAAUGUGAAAAUUGAAAUCGAAUUAUUUUAGCUUAUUUGAUUUUGAAAGAUACUAGAGUUUAAACAAGUAGAUUUGUAAGAACCUCAAUACUGUAUUGCGAUGCAAAUGGGAAUGUUUUGCAGUUUAAUUAUUCAAUAAACAAGCCCUCUAUCGGGAUGAACUA